GCUCCGACUACUCUCCCCCUCCCCCCCUUCCUCGCCCUCCUCCCCCCGGCCUGACCAACGAGCACAGUGGCGGAGGUAGCCACGGAGACCAUGGUGGAGGAGGGGGCGGGGUCAAUCACGGGGUGGGCGUGGUUGGCCUUGCCCCGGAGCACAUCCCCACGCCGGGAGCGGCCCUGAGCUGGCAAGCAGCCAUUGAUGCCGCGCGGCAGGCGAAGAUGAUGGGCAACGCCGCAUCGGGUGGAGGGGCGGGGCUUGGAUUGGGAGGCGGGCCCAUCUCCACAGCAAGCUCCACGCAAAGGAAGAGACAACACUACAGCUCCAAGCCCAAGAAACAGACCACAACAACAGCCACGAGGCCGCCGCGAGCCCUUCUCUGCCUCACGCUCAAGAACCCCAUCCGCAGGGCCUGCAUCAGCAUCGUAGAAUGGAAACCAUUUGAGAUCAUCAUCCUGAUGACCAUUUUUGCUAACUGUGUGGCCUUAGCCGUCUACAUCCCCUUCCCUGAGGAUGACUCGAAUGCCACCAACUCCAAUCUGGAGCGUGUGGAGUAUUUGUUCCUCAUCAUUUUCACGGUGGAGGCGUUCCUGAAGGUGAUAGCCUACGGCCUGCUCUUCCACCCAAACGCCUACCUAAGGAACGGCUGGAAUCUGCUCGACUUCAUCAUCGUAGUCGUAGGGUUAUUCAGUGCGAUCUUGGAGCAGGCCACCAAGGGUGACGGGGCCACUCCUAUUGGAGGGAAGGCAGCAGGCUUCGAUGUCAAGGCUCUGCGGGCAUUCAGAGUACUCAGACCGCUUAGACUGGUCUCUGGAGUACCCAGUUUACAGGUAGUGUUGAACUCCAUAAUCAAAGCCAUGGUUCCUCUGCUCCAUAUCGCCCUGCUGGUCCUCUUCGUCAUCAUCAUCUAUGCCAUCAUCGGCCUGGAGCUCUUCAUGGGCAAGAUGCACAAGACCUGCGUUCACAGGGAUAUAGGUACCAUUCCGGAGGAAAAGCCGGCACCGUGUGCACCUGAUGGAGCUUACGGCCGACACUGUAAACAGAACGGAACGGAGUGCAAAGUGGGAUGGGAGGGCCCAAACGACGGUAUCACCAACUUUGACAACUUUGCCUUUGCCAUGUUGACGGUGUUCCAGUGUAUCACCAUGGAGGGCUGGACGGAUGUGCUGUACUGGAUGCAGGAUGCUAUGGGCUAUGAGCUGCCAUGGGUCUAUUUUGUCUCUCUCGUCAUCUUCGGCUCCUUUUUCGUUCUCAAUCUCGUUCUGGGGGUGUUGAGCGGAGAGUUUUCUAAGGAGAGGGAGAAGGCCAAGGCACGUGGCGACUUCCAGAAACUCAGAGAAAAACAGCAGCUGGAGGAGGAUCUCAAGGGCUACUUAGACUGGAUCACUCAAGCUGAAGACAUCGACCCAGAGAAUGAAGAGGAGGGUCUGGAUGAUGACAAACCCAGAAACCUGAGCAUGCCAGCCAGUGAGAAUGAAUCAGUCAACACAGACAACGCCCCCGGGGGAGAUGUAGAGGGGGAGACCUGCUGUACCCGGCUAGCAAAUAGGAUCUCCAAAUCCAAGUUCAGCCGGUACUCUAGAAGAUGGAACAGGCUGUGUCGAAGGAAGUGUCGUGCGGCGGUCAAAUCACAGGUUUUCUAUUGGCUGGUCAUUUUCCUGGUUUUCCUCAACACUCUGACCAUCGCCUCUGAACAUCACCAGCAGCCUCAGUGGUUAACCGAUGUACAAGACAUAGCUAAUAAAGUGUUGCUAGCGCUCUUUACUGGUGAGAUGCUGCUGAAGAUGUACAGUCUGGGCCUACAGGCAUACUUUGUUUCGCUCUUCAAUCGAUUCGACAGCUUCGUUGUAUGUGGAGGAAUUCUUGAGACCAUUCUGGUGGAAACUAAGAUCAUGUCUCCUCUCGGCAUCUCUGUGUUGCGUUGCGUACGCUUGCUGCGAAUCUUCAAAAUAACCAGAUACUGGAACUCCCUGUCCAACCUGGUGGCCUCCCUGCUAAACUCUGUUCGCUCCAUCGCUUCCCUGUUGCUCCUGCUGUUCCUCUUCAUCAUCAUCUUCUCCCUGCUCGGCAUGCAGCUCUUUGGGGGAAAGUUCAACUUCGACGAGACCCGACGCAGCACCUUUGACAACUUCCCCCAGUCUCUGCUCACUGUGUUUCAGAUCUUAACUGGAGAAGACUGGAACUCUGUGAUGUAUGAUGGCAUCAUGGCGUAUGGUGGGCCGUCCUUCCCCGGCAUGCUGGUCUGCAUCUACUUCAUCAUCCUCUUCAUCUGCGGAAACUAUAUCCUACUGAAUGUCUUCUUGGCCAUCGCUGUGGACAAUCUGGCAGACGCAGAGAGUCUAACAUCCGCCCAGAAAGAGGAAGAGGAGGAGAAGGAGAGGAAAAAACUGGCCAGGCUCGCCAGUCCAGAGAAGCGUCAUGACAACGAGAAGCCUCCUCUCGAGGAGGAGAAGAAGGAGAAGAUAGAGCUGAAGUCAAUCACAUCUGACGGAGAGAUCAACACUGCCACUAAGAUCAACAUGGAUGACUACUGUGGAGAUGAGAGUGAAGAGAAGAAUCCAUAUCCUGCUAAUGAUUACAUAGGAGAUGAGGACGAUGAUGAGCCAGAAAUGCCAGUGGGUCCGAGGCCGCGGCCGUUGUCCGACAUUCAGCUGAAGGAGAAGGCUGUUCCCAUGCCGGAGGCCCGUGCUUUCUUCGUCUUCAGCCACACCAACAAAUUCAGGGUUCUGUGCCAUAAGAUCGUCAACCACAACAUCUUCACCAACCUCAUCCUCUUCUUCAUCCUGCUCAGCAGCAUCAGUCUGGCAGCAGAGGAUCCAGUCAAGAAUGACUCCUUCAGAAACCAGAUCCUGGGCUAUGCAGACCAUGUCUUCACUGGACUCUUCACCAUAGAGAUUAUUCUUAAGAUGACAGCCUACGGAGCCUUCCUCCAUAAAGGUUCAUUCUGUAGGAACUAUUUUAACAUUCUGGACCUGGUGGUGGUCAGUGUGUCCCUCAUCUCCUCUGGAAUACAGUCCAGUGCAAUUAAUGUGGUGAAGAUCCUGAGAGUUCUGCGAGUGCUCAGACCACUGAGGGCCAUCAACAGAGCCAAGGGGCUGAAGCAUGUAGUGCAGUGCGUGUUUGUGGCCAUCAGGACCAUCGGAAACAUCGUCAUUGUCACCACGUUGCUCCAGUUCAUGUUCGCCUGUAUCGGAGUACAACUCUUCAAGGGCAAGUUCUUCUUCUGCUCUGACUCCUCUAAACAGACUCAGGCAGACUGCAGAGGUUUCUACAUCACGUAUAAGAACGGUGAUGUGGGGAAGCCUGAAAGAGCCCCGAGAAAGUGGGAGAACAAUGAUUUUAACUUUGACGAUGUCCUGAAUGGCAUGAUGGCCCUGUUUGCUGUGUCUACCUUUGAGGGCUGGCCAGGGUUACUGUACCGGGCCAUAGACUCUCACACUGAGGAUGUCGGGCCCAUCUACAACUACCGCGUGGUCAUCUCCAUCUUCUUUAUCAUCUACAUCAUCAUCAUCGCCUUCUUCAUGAUGAACAUCUUCGUCGGUUUCGUCAUCGUCACGUUCCAGGAGCAAGGAGAGCAGGAAUAUAAGAACUGUGAGCUGGACAAGAACCAGCGUCAGUGUGUGGAGUAUGCCUUGAAGGCCCGUCCAUUGCGUCGCUACAUCCCUAAGAACCCCUACCAGUACAAGGUGUGGUAUGUGGUAAACUCCACCUACUUUGAAUACCUGAUGUUCACACUCAUCCUUCUCAACACCAUCUGUCUGGCCAUGCAACAUCAUGGACAGACCAAAAAUUUCAAUGAUGCCAUGAACAUCCUCAACAUGCUCUUCACUGGACUCUUCACCGUGGAGAUGAUCCUUAAACUGAUCGCCUUCAAACCCAGGGGGUACUUUAGUGAUCCCUGGAAUGUGUUUGAUUUCCUCAUCGUAAUUGGCAGCAUAAUAGACGUCAUUCUCAGUGAGAUCAACCCAGCUGACUCCUCCUCGUCCUCGUCCUCCUCCUCUUCGUCCUCCUCCUCCUCCUCUUCCUCCUCUCACCCCCCUGUGGUAAGGACAAUGGUACGCUCCGACGGUAACGUCCGCCUCCCUAACUCCUCCACCAUCCCUCCAUCCCUUCAUCCUUCCAUCCCUCCUCCUACUACGGGACUGCAGAACUCUGAAGAGAACGCCAGGAUCUCCAUCACCUUCUUCCGGCUGUUCCGCGUGAUGAGGCUGGUGAAGCUGCUGUCUCGCGGGGAAGGGAUUCGGACCCUGCUGUGGACCUUCAUCAAAUCCUUCCAAGCUCUGCCCUACGUAGCUCUGCUUAUAGUGAUGCUAUUCUUCAUAUACGCUGUCAUCGGCAUGCAGAUGUUUGGUAAGAUAGCGCUGCUGGACAGUACGCAGAUCAACAGGAACAACAAUUUCCAGACGUUCCCUCAGGCAGUGCUGCUGCUCUUCAGAUGUGCAACAGGUGAGGCGUGGCAGGAGAUCAUGCUGGCGUGCUCGCCCAAUAAAACUUGUGAGAAAGGAUCGACCAAUGAGAGCAGCUCUGCCACCGAUGACUGCGGCAGCCAGUUUGCCAUCAUUUACUUUGUCAGCUUCUACAUGCUCUGUGCCUUUCUGAUCAUCAAUCUCUUUGUGGCCGUCAUCAUGGACAACUUUGACUACCUGACGCGUGAUUGGUCGAUCCUGGGGCCGCAUCACCUCGACGAAUUCAAGAGGAUCUGGGCUGAAUAUGACCCAGAAGCUAAGGGGAGGAUAAAGCACUUGGAUGUGGUGACUCUGCUCCGGAGAAUUCAGCCUCCCCUCGGCUUUGGAAAGCUCUGUCCACACAGGGUGGCCUGCAAGCGUCUGGUGUCGAUGAACAUGCCUCUGAACAGUGAUGGAACAGUGAUGUUCAACGCCACACUGUUUGCCCUGGUCAGAACCGCACUCAGGAUCAAGACAGAAGGUAACCUGGAGCAGGCCAAUGAGGAACUGAGGGCCAUAGUGAAGAAGAUCUGGAAGAGAACCAGCAUGAAACUCCUGGAUCAAGUAGUGCCCCCUGCUGGCGAUGAUGAAGUUACAGUCGGAAAGUUCUACGCUACCUUCCUUAUUCAGGAAUAUUUCCGCAAGUUUAAGAAGAGGAAAGAACAAGGGCUGGUGGCCAAGGUGCCUCCCAAAACUGCUCUCUCUCUGCAGGCGGGCCUGCGGACGUUGCAUGACAUUGGUCCAGAGAUUCGAAGGGCCAUCUCUGGAGACCUGACCGUGGAGGAGGAGCUGGAUAAAGGCAUAAAGGAACCUGUGUCAGCUGCAUCCGAGGACGAUAUCUUCAGGCGGGCGGGUGGGUUGUUCGGCAACCACGUCAACUACUACAACCAGAGUGACGGCCGCGGGUCCUUCCCACAGUCCUUCACUACUCAGCGUCCCUUGCACAUCAGCCAGAAGGGCUCUCCCUGCGAAGGCGAGAGCCCAUCCCAUGAGAAACUCAUGGACUCAACCACUUUCACACCUUCCUCUUACUCUUCAUCUGGCUCCAACGCCAACAUCAACAACGCCAACAACACUGGCAUGGCCGGGGUGGCGACCCAGGGCAUCAGUCGAUUCCCGAGCCCUUCCAUAAGCACCGUGGACGGACACACAGGACAGCCACUCACCCCCAUCCUGCUGCCUAGAUCCGCGUGGUGCUUCCCUCCAAAGAGCUCGGACUCGAGUGACAGCCGUCUGCCAAUCAUCCGGAGAGGGGAGGGAUCAACGGAGGAGACGUACGAUGAGAGCUACGGUGACGACAGGGAGUAUCACGAGGACGACCACUCACUCUCCUCUGACAUGCUGGUGUAUCAUGAUGAAACAUGUAAGCAGUUGACUCCCAUGGAGGAAGGAGAGGAGGUAGAGGACAGAAGAGGAGGAUGGCAGUCUCCCAGGAGAGUCUUCCUCUGCCCCACUUCUCUGGGGCGGAGAUCGUCCUUCCAUCUGGAGUGUCUGAGGAGACAGUCAAGGCCAGACGUCUCCCAGAAGACAGCUGUACCGUUACACCUUGUACAUCAUCAGGCUCUGGCAGUGGCAGGGUUGAGUCCUCUGCUAAGAAGGAGUCACUCACCCACCCUCUUCAGCCGGCUGUGCUCCACGCCUCCAGCCAGUCCCACAGCCCAUGGCAGUGAUGCCUCCUACCAGCGAGUGCCCUCUCUGAGGCUAGAGGGCUCCAACUCCCAUGAAAAGCUCAAUACCAGCUUGCCCUCUGUCAACUGUGGGCCAUGGUACAGCGACAGUAAUGGGAACAGCCGGGGACCCAGUCCUAACACCACCCAGGGCAUGUCCAAUCAAAGACCACCACGACCGGUGUCGCUCACAGUGCCCUCACUACUGGGAAAAGACCCAAGCUCACUGUCUCACGGCAGCGCAGGCAGUCUGGUGGAGGCGGUGCUAAUAUCAGAGGGUUUGGGCCAGUUCGCCCAGGACCCAUCCUUCAUCGAGGCCACCAAAGCCGAGUUGGCCGACGCCUGCGAUAUGACCAUCGAGGAGAUGGAGCACGCCGCCAACAACAUUCUCAAUGGCAACACCACCACAAACGCCACAUCCAGCACCUCCUCCACCUCCCAGCACAGCCCCAAUGGCAACCUCCUCCCCUUCCACACAGCAGCAGCAGCAACGCACAGGGAACGAGCGGUCAGCUUGACUCCCAGUGAGGACGGGGGAGAGGCUGGAGGAAGCAGAGGCUCCAUCCACGGGCCGUCCUCGGUGGAGGAGCGGCAGGAGCUGUUAGCAGGAGGGAGAGGACAAGACGAGGAGGAGGAAGAGGCGGGAGGGAGGGAGGAGGGGCACCAUAGAAGCUCAGUUGUGAUUGGAGGAGCGCAGCAGAGGAACAGCGGGCUGUUGGAAGACGAGGAUUUGGAGUGCGUGACGAGUUUGUAGGAGCCGGCUCAACGGGUUCGAUCGGCCGACUGGCCCCUCUGACAUCAUCAGAGACUGACGCUUGUCAGUGCUGGGUAACAGCGCCACGGCUGGCUCUGUUUGUCCCCGCCCCUCACACACACACACACACACUGUCUGCCUCUCUGCCAUGCGUAACUGCUCUGGACAAUGGCGGCCAGUGACGCAACCUUAAACACCUGAUUAAGAAUUUGUUUAUAUGAGUUUGUAUGUUUGAAUGUUUGUAGUAAAGUAUACCACACUAUACUCUAUACUAUCUGAGUGUAUGCUUGUUGAGUGUGUGUGUGUGUGUGUGGUCUAUGAUUUUAUCUAUUUGUACGCACAUUUGCGUGUGCGCGUGUUCUCCACACGUGUCUGAGUGUGUCUCUAAAGUGCCUCACAGUUUUAUCAUGUCCUCAAAGUGUGAAGAGCAGAAAAGUAGAGACGAGCAAAACAAGACGGAGGAAAGGAGAGAUGAAGUAAAGGUAGAAAGGAAACAACAGAAGCAGGACGUCCUAAUAUGGAUUUCCUGCUUUCGACAUAGUGUGUUAAUUGUUUUCAUUUCCUAUGCCUACUUUGGUGUUGUGUUAUUGUUGUUUGUCUGGCCGCCAUGAAGCCAGGUAAGGGACAGCAGACCAGCUUGUGUGGGGGGGGUCAGUUAAGGAUUCAAAUCUGACCGCACCCACUUGAGGUCAAAGGUCAACUCCUCCUUCUUGGUUCAUUGAUGAUGAAGCGCUGUAUUGAGUAAACAGGGGCAAGGAAAACCCUGUUUGAAAUCUCAUUUCUCCUCCUCUUCCAAAACUAAGGAACCUUGGAGCACAGCCCUGCCAGCCUGGGGGUGGGAUUAAGGUGACACACCACCCCCAGCCAAGGGGGGAAGGAUUUGAGGGAUGGACCAACAGCCACAACAGGGCUGCUGUAGGGGGCCAUGGGUAAAGACACUCUUUGGCCAACAGGAAGCCAGCCAGCUCUUUUAAUCGCUGGUCAAUAAGACGCCAGCGAGAGACAAACUCAUCUUGACCUGGCUUCGCCUCCUCCGCUGCUUUUCCUCGUUUGGCCACACCCACGCCCUGCCCCCAACAGGAAAUGGGAGGAGCAUUUGGUGGCUAAGCAGAGACAGCAAGCCCCCUUUUCUGCCUCAUACCUCGCCGUUCCUCGCUCCUCCCUCUCUCCUUCCUCCCUCCUCUUUGGUUAUUCCACCAUCCCUCUCCUUCCAUUGCUGGGUUUUUGCUUUUACGGCCCUCUGAGAGGCGUGUGUGUCGAACAGGGCAAAAGAGACGGAGGGUGGAGGAGAGAAGGGGAGUGGCAGAUUGAAAAGAAAACAGACUCUGGGCAUGGAUCUACAGAGGAUCUGUCCGUCAGUCAGCCUCACUUCCUUCUCCAAGACCCUCCUCUUCCUCUCAGCGUGGAAUCCUAUUGGAUUGCUGCCACACACUCUCUCUACAGACCACGCCCACUAUGUAUUUAACAGUUCAAUAUUGUGCAAAACUGGCUAGCCAUGACUAUUUUGUUUUAUAUUCAUGAUGUUAUUGGUUUAAUUUAUCCUUGAUUUGUUUGCACAAUCGGGGUGCUGGUCUUAUAAAUGUAUUUUUGCUCGGUUUAUUUUAGGAGAAUUUUAAGAGGUUUUAAGUAUCGAAGCAGGGCGUAGUGUUUGCGUGCGAGUGUAUAACUAUAUUUGUGCGUGCGUGUGUGUGUGUGUGUCUGCGUUUUAGUACAGGAUGAUGUGUGUGCGUAUGAGUGUGAGAGAUAGCGUGUGUAUCUAAAAGGGGGGUCUUUCUCUCUAUCAGUAUGCACCUUUUACAGAUUGUAUCUAUUUAUUUAUUUAUUUUUCCCAGAAGAGAAAAAAAUGUGUGAGAAUGUGCAUUUGUAUGUGUGUGUGUGUGUGUGUGUGUGUGUGUGUGUGUACGCGCGCCUGUGCUCGAGUGGUUACUUAUGUAUUCUAAAAAGCUGAUUUUAAGCCUAGACAGUAAAUUAAGGUAGCAUUACAAGUGUGGUGUGUGUGUGUGUGUGUGUGUUGUGUGUCUGUGUGUGUGCGAGUGAGUGCGAGUGAGGGUGUGUGUGAUAAUGGGCCUCCUUAACACAGGGUUACCAUGGACAGGCAUGCUUCCAAAGCUUUUGUGAUUUCUUUAGCACAGUUUUUACUUUUUAGCCAAGCUGCAGAGUCAAAAGCCACUCUAGCUUCGAAAAUUAGUCAUCACUCAACUAUUUUUUUUUUUUUUCUGUUAAGAGGUAGAUAGGCGUAACGUCUCCUGCGAGGUCAAAGGUUAAGUUCAUAGUGGUGAUGAGUUUCAGCAUCGCAGCUUGGCCAGAAGGUAACCAACCUUUUUGGCAAUUGCUGCUUUUCUUCACGGCGGAUGGUUGCUCUGAACGGUGGAAGCACCAAAUUUGUACCGCCCCCAGUGACGUGUCAUGAAUGAACUGGGGGAGGAGUGUGACGUCCUGAUCGUCCAGCUGUAACACACCGUUAUCAUUUAAUCAUAGUUAAAUCUGCAAAUGAACUAUUAGGGCUGGUGUACAGAUGCUGCAAGACACAUCUCUUUUGUCUGAGGUCUGCUCACAUCACAAAACAUUAUGAUUUCAUUGUUAGAGAUAAACUCAUUUCCUGUCUGAAGCAUCAUUGCUGGAAAAAAAAAAAUUAAUGGAAAAUUUAUAUAAUUUACCGAUAAUUUAGAAGAUAUGAAAAUUGGUUAAUGGAUAAAUGAAUUUUUGGAUAUAGAUCAGAAAACUGUCAGCUCAGAAGGAAGUUGCAUUCUGGAGGAUUCCCUUUUGUUUUUUUUGUCUAAUGGCUUCUAGGUAGCGUGCUGACAACAUUUGAUUGAUCUUUCUCUAUAAUAGUUUGUUUAUUUCUCUAGUAUAGUUUGGGCUCACUUCAGAUCAGGGUAUGGUCACAGUUAAGGCCAUAGCCAGGUACGGUACUCAGGCGUCAGUACAUCACACAAGGCACAUGUCCCUGUUUCACAUUGAUAUCUUCUUCAGAAAACCAUUCCUGACGUGAAUAUUACAUCAUCGGUACCGAUUUAUAAAAAAGAUUUUAUAGGAUUUAAGAAUGAAACACUGAAACUAAUUCAGUUUGCUCAAAUAAAUGUUAUUUAACGUUGUACUAGCCACUACAAAUUUGGAAAAAAAAACAUCAAAUCCCAAUGCCAAGUAACUAAAUACUAGGAUAAUAUUAAAAGUCUGUAUGUUAGACUAGUGCCCACAUGCAGACAGAAGUUCUUUAAGUAGGUCAAUAAAUUAAUGUCCGGCUUAAAACAUUAAAAACAAUACUUUUAAACUCUCAGAGGUAUCAAGAAACAUUGUUAUUGUCCUCUGAAAUCUCAAUUAAAAUGGCAUUGAUUUCCCACCCAGAGACAUUUCCACAUGCCAAGUUACGGCAUUUCGUUUGUUUUUGUUGUUGUUGUUUUUUUUAAGUAUUUACCUUCAAGUACUCACUGCAGCGCUCUCAUUCCUACAUGUUCAGCAGAGUGAGUUUUUGGCAGGGAAGGGUAUGCAUGAACACACUGCCAUACACUGCAUCCUGUGCCAGUAACAGACUUCUGACAUUAUUAUGCAAACUAAAUGUGAAUGUUGAAUGUGUCUUUAGUGGCAGUGCUAUUGUUGUUUUGUGGUUACGGCCAAACUGCAAACCCUAAAGAAGUCUGUGGUAUCAGUGGGAUACCCCUCCCUGACAUUUAGUCUUUCUUAUCCAGGAUCCUCUUGCUCUAGAAGAAAAUAUCAUUAACAUCUUAUUCUUUCUUUCACUUACUCUAAAUACACCUCAUUAAAAUAGGCACUGUUCUUUAUUGAAGUAAUUUGAUACCAUAAGCUAACAAGCUACUUCGCAGCUAGUGGCUCACAUCAGUUUCAGUAUAAGCUGCUCUUUUUUUGUCUAAAUAUUGGAAGUCAGAUUUCAGGAUGGUCAAUAAUGUUAAUGUGUGUGUUUUAACCUUAAGUUAGGACAAUUAUACUCUGUGCUUUGGGUUGAAUUAGCCCUAGUAUAGUUUCAUUACACCUGAAUCUAAAAGACAAGAAUAUUCUUCUCCCCACUACAAGUAUUUAUUUGCCAAUUUAUUCCUCAGUGAUGAAUUGUUAAUUGAAUUGUAGUGGUUUGUGUAUCCAGGCUGCUACAUCGCCUGGAUGCCAACUCAUUUGACAAUGAACGACAGUAAUUGCUUUAAUUAUCCAACACACAAUCACUUCACUUUCAUUAAUCUACUUACAUACAUACUCACAGCAUAACCCUGCAUGUUUAUAAGUGCCAAACCAGGCUUAGUUGUGUCUGUUACCGAGGCUCUCUGGUUUUUACAAAGAAGCAAGUGGAGAGAGAUUCAGAGGCCUGUGGUGCCCCCGUGUGGAGUGGAGCAGCGUUUCAGUUUUUAUGUACAGGUUAGCAUGAACUAUGAGGUGUUGUGUUGCAGUAUAGGGUGGGGUGUGCGGAGUGGGUGUAAUCCUGCAUCCCACAAGAUAUGCAAAAACAAUGCAAUAACUAUGACUGUAUACAAGGUUCCCCAAGUAAAUAUACUUGUGAAAGUGAGAAAAAAAAAAUUCAAUAUCAUGGAGAUGUUUUUUUUUUCUUUCUUUUCUGUUUGUUACAUUUUAAAGUAAACUCAGUGGUUUCCAUGCCAGAGAAACCUAACAUACUUGAAAUCAGGUACAUUGCAGUGCAGUAUAGUAAAGAUGUAUUUAUUUAUCUUUCUCGUGCCGGGGUGUUCGGUCUGCAUCUUCACUCCAAAAAGUUGAGACAGCGACCUGAAAUCAGUGUUUUUGCUUGCAGUUUUUACAUCCAGCUGUCGGAGACCCAGAAUGAAAAGCUGAUCAUUUAUUUUUAAGGAUUCAGCAGCAAAAACAACUAACUUUACCUCCCUGACUCAAUACUUUUUCGGCUGUAUCCCUUUCUCUCGUUUAUUUGCGGUUCAUUUUUUUAAAUGGAUUGAGAUACGUGGGUGUACCAUCAGUAUUGCAUGAGGUUCACACGUUGCCAGGUUUUGCAGUCGUUUAGUCGUGAUCAGGUUAAGUAUCAUAUCACAUUAUGACAGAGUAGCUAUUUCUAUUUAGUGUACAUAAUGUAUGAUUGAAGUCAAUAUUUCUUCUCUAGAUAAAGGUAUCAUUUGACUGUGGGCAGCAGUGGUGGGCUUUUUGAAAGGUGAUUUUGCAUAUCUUAUGGGCUCUUAGUUCAUUACUUGAGUUUAUAUAGUUGUCAAAACACGAGAGGUUUAACAAACUUCAGUAUUUUUUACUCCACAAUUAAAAGAGGUGUCACUAAUUCUUUAACUACAGUACCGGUCAAAAGUUUGGACACACCUUCUCUUGAAUGAGAAACUUUUGACUGAUACUGUACGUGUUGCCACAGUCUCUUGUCUCACUUCAACUUCUACAUUUCCCUCAUCUGACAUGUGGAAGACAGACCAGAUUUAAAAUUCUCAUGAAAAGGACCAAAUUACUCAAAUGAGUAGAUUUUCAUGGAAUACAGAUGGAUUGAAAUCCAAACAGACGAACACACACAGGCAGGAGCACAUAGAAACUUAAUUGCUUACUUGCAUUGGAGCACAAAGUCAACUAGAUACAUGAAGUGGUCGAUAUGAAGUCCACUGUUUAACUAAGUGUUUGUUCUUGUUCUUCCUGCCAGGAAUAGACCUUUCUCACAAAAGACAUUUUGACUUGUCAGCAAGAAACGCACAGGUAGAAUGAAUAACAUUAAUGAUUGCUUCAGCCAGUAUUCAGCAUGUACUGUACCAGUGCCACGGACGUAGCUACUGUGUUUACAUUCUACAGCUACACACAAAAUUACACAAGGUGAGUUUUUCAAUACUGGUAUUUUCUGAGUCAACAUUUCUACAUUUGACUAUUUUGUUCCAAAAAACACAUAAAAAGAAAGGGACUCUAUAUUUCUCCACCUGAAUUAUAAUCAGGCAUUGUGGAUUGAGAGGGUUUUGAAAUAGCACUCGUUGUUUGGGGAGAUAAAGAAAACAUUUAAAAUUUGAAUUAAUAUAAAUAAUGUGAGGGAAAGAUAUAAAGAAAGUCAAAGAAAGUCAAGGCUGCCGUUUGGACUCAUUAACUCAGUAUUUUUAAAAUGCCUCUCACGAUCUGGAACACUGAAAUCGAAUGCAGCCAUUAUUAGUUACGCCUGUGUUUGACAAGUCACAUUGUCCACAACAAGAGAGGUCUAUUGUGUGUGUUUAUGUUCCUGCGGUCUCCGCCUCUCUUUAGAUAGCUGGUUGGCAUUUUAUCAGGCUGAUAAGCUGCAGCUGCGCCCGCUGCCUCUACACUUACAGCCAGCUAAACUAAAACCACCCCGCUUUGCUACAAAGGGUGUAAUUCAAAUUCAAGUAAUUUCCUCGAAUGAAAGCUAGAAAGAAUAAAUGAUUUCUGAUAGACGGUUGACAAUCUAGUUGGCGAUUGAUGACAAUGGGAAGCAGUAGUGGAUGUCUGGGCUGAGUUUGAUGGAGUGUAGAUGGUUUUAUUUCAUCAUGUUUGGAUUUCAGGGUGGUAUAAGUUCUCACAUGGUGAAUUAUAUAUCCAAGUAAUGUUUAUGUGCAUGGGUUUCUCUCUCUAGGGGUAUAAAGUAUUGGUCCUAUGUGAAUGAUAAUAUCUUUUGUCUCACCACUAGCCAAUGAUUGUAUAUUUUUAUAUACCAUAUAUAGCAAGAUAUCUAUGAAUAUAUAAUAUUUAAUCACCAGAAUGUUAGAGUAAGGAAAAGGCAGGACACUUACAGUAUUUGGCAAUAUAGUUAGUGAAAUCUUGGUCAUAAAGAUGUGUUAUAUAAGCCUACUGACUGUAGCGUCAGUAUGAAUUUAUUGAUCAAAGUCCCACUUUAUUGACUGUAUUUUUGACCAAAAGGAAACAGCAGGGAAUAUUGUAAUUACAUUUAUUGAGGAGGAAACAUUGUUUAUUUUAGCUGAUGGUAUACAAGAAUGAGCUUUUAGGACAUUUUCAGAAACAGGGCUGGAUGAUUCCCAGACUAUGGAUAAGAACUGUUAGCUGCAGAACACAAAUGACAGAAAGUCUACUUUUUUGAUUUCUUUUUUCACCACAGCUUAAAACCACAGAUUAUUUAGCCUUUACCAGAGUUACAACUCUAACAUCAGGAGGCUCUUUGUUCAGCUAUCAAAAGGACAUUUCCCAGAGUGCCAUGCAGUCUCCUUUGGCUCAGCUAGAGAUGGUUGACGAUAUCCAAACCAUGUUUUAAAAAAAUCUGCUCUAUCCAUUCCAUGAAUAUUUUUUCUCUACUGGUUCAGCAGUUGGUGGAGUUAAUGUUGAACCUUGAUAGCCGCUGUUCAGUUUUAAGCAAAAUCUAAUGUGUUUGUUUUAUGUUUUGUGAAGUGGGCUGAAAGACGUUAACCUACCAGCAACCUGUCUGCACAGGUCAGAGUCUGGACAUUUUCUUACUGUAGCAUCGAGAGACUCGUCUCUCUUGAACUAGUCCUACAUCAGCGAUACAUGCACAUCCACUGUGCACUUUGACACACACAGACAUUAUUCUAUUUUAGGGACUAAAGACAUCUAACCAAAAAAAUUCCACCUAUGAAGGACUAGACCUCUCUAUGCUUUUAGCCAUGAAAAUCAUGUAGCUUGUAUUUAUUUUCUUCCAAGAAAGGAUUUGGAGGACUUGAACUAAAUCUGUGCAGAGAAAUUCAUUCACAUCUUAUUAUCUUUGGCGACUUAUUUCAACAGUAUUAAAUGGAAUGACAAUAUAUGUGGGAUUUAAUGUGGAAGAGAAAACUUUAUCUAAAAAAAUGUUGAAUUCAUAUUUUGCAUGAUGCCAUCUUAAAAGUGAUGACAUACAGAUUUUAUGUUUGUGUGGAAGAGCUGCUAUACAGAUGUCAUCUAACACACUUUAACACAAAAAAAGAAAAAGUAUUUUACACAUAAAGUUUAAAAGUUAAUAGUUUAUCAUAAACUUCUUUUCAGAGAGAAAGAGGCUGGCGAGCAGGAGUCUGGUUGUUGUUCCUGUCUUGAUCGCUCCUCUCAUGGAUCUGCCAUUUGUUGCAACAGAUGUACGUUAUAUUUUCUUGUAAACCGAAGUGUUUGUUGAUCAUUGUUUGAUCCUGACAAGAAAAAAAAAAUAUUUUAAGAUGACUAUUUUGAAUAUAGAUUUUAUUUUCCUUUUUUCUCAAGGUGAAAUCAGCAUAGCCUGUUGUUGUAGGAUUCUAAUUAAUCUAAUGAAACCUAAUUAAAAUAUGAAUUCCCUUUUCUUGAGAAAUAAGAGAGCAUCAUCUCUUUGUUUUGUUUUUUUUCUGUUGUACAGACGUUAAUUUGACGCCGACGGUGAUGAAGGCUUUGGUAAAUGGAACAGAAAGUGAAAGAGGGAAUAUAUCAUCAAAUACAAGUUUAUAUUGCAAGUUUGUUCUAUUUUAGAUAUAUCUAGAAAAAACUAUAUCUAAAUUAUAAGAUAUUAAAUGGCAGCUUGGAGCUGGAUGCUGCAGUCUGGAGGAGGAUUAAAAAGAACUCUCCAGAUGUGCAGGUGCCAUAAUAUGGAUUGUAUUAAAUUCUACACAUUUUCUAUACUAAACUUCUCAGUUUUACCAUCAGCUGGAUGUUUCCAUCAGGUUUAGAAAUCACUAUUGAUAAGUUUCCUUUGAGUGAAGACUUGUCUGUUUGGUUUCCAGUGCAUAAUAAAGAGGAUUUUAGGGAGUAACAGAA